AUGAAGCAGAAGUUAAAGAUGAAGUCUGUCGUCAUGAAUCAGAAGCAGAAGUUAAAGAUAAAGUCUGUCGUCAUGAAUCAGAAGCAGAAGUUAAAGAUGAAGUCUGUCGUCCUGAAGCAGAAGUUAAAGAUGAAGUCUGUCGUCCUGAAGCAGAAGUUAAAGAUGAAGUCUGUCGUCAUGAAGCAGAAGUUAAAGAUGAAGUCUGUCGUCAUGAAGCAGAAGUUAAAGAUGAAGUCUGUCAUCAUGAAUCAGAAGCAGAAGUUAAAGAUGAAGUCUGUCGUCAUGAAUCAGAAGCAGAAGUUAAAGAUGAAGUCUGUCGUCCUGAAGCAGAAGUUAAAGAUGAAGUCUGUCGUCAUGAAGCAGAAGUUAAAGAUGAAGUCUGUCGUCAUGAAGCAGAAGUUAAAGAUGAAGUCUGUCGUCAUGAAGCAGAAGUUAAAGAUGAAGUCUGUCGUCAUGAAGCAGAAGUUAAAGAUGAAGUCUGUCAUCAUGAAGCAGAAGUUAAAGAUGAAGUCUGUCAUCAUGAAUCAGAAGCAGAAGUUAAAGAUAAAGUCUGUCGUCAUGAAUCAGAAGCAGAAGUUAAAGAUGAAGUCUGUCGUCAUGAAGCAGAAGUUAAAGAUGAAGUCUGUCGUCAUGAAUCAGAAGCAGAAGUUAAAGAUAAAGUCUGUCGUCAUGAAUCAGAAGCAGAAGUUAAAAGAUGAACAGAAGUUAAAGAUGAAGUCUGUCGUCAUGAAGCAGAAGUUAAAGAUGAAGUCUGUCAUCAUGAAUCAGAAGCAGAAGUUAAAGAUGAAGUCUGUCGUCAUGAAUCAGAAGCAGAAGUUAAAGAUGAAGUCUGUCGUCCUGAAGCAGAAGUUAAAGAUGAAGUCUGUCGUCAUGAAGCAGAAGUUAAAGAUGAAGUCUGUCAUCAUGAAUCAGAAGCAGAAGUUAAAGAUGAAGUCUGUCAUCAUGAAUCAGAAGCAGAAGUUAAAGAUGAAGUCUGUCAUCAUGAAUCAGAAGCAGAAGUUAAAGAUGAAGUCUGUCAUCAUGAAUCAGAAGCAGAAGUUAAAGAUGAAGUCUGUCGUCAUGAAGCAGAAGUUAAAGAUGACGGAGCACAGAAACCAGAGCUCAGUAAUCAGACCAACAGACUCAGGGAAAUGUGAGAGUUUGAAAAAAGCCUUUUACAGAGAAAUGAAAGCACAAGGACAGCAGCUCAGGAAGAAGGAGGUGUAG